AUGCAAACAAAAUCGUUUUGCUCCCUUGUGUCAAAAGAAAUUCAACACAAGUACGGUCAAAGAAGCCAAAACCUGAAAUCCGAACCAAUUCCCAUGCUUGGUUCUUCUCAACCAUCAACACCUCAACAAUUGGACACCUCCAUCACGAAGACAGCCAAAAGUCACCAACACCUUAACAAUUACCAUUCUCCAACAACUCCAUCCUCGUCUCCUGUCCUAUCCAACAUGCCGCAGACACCAACUAGAAAUGAGCAAGACCAACGCACUCCUCUUCAUGAACUGUCAUUCAUGGCGGCACCUUCUCAUGAGAACAUGUUUCAAACAGAAACAAAAAGCCCCUUGUUUCACGUCGUCAGCAUGAUACUCGACAACAAGCAAAAGGCCAACAAUGAAAACAACAUCAGCAUGCACCAAAUGCAAGACAUUGAUGACUCGCUUCAACAGGCAACAAGAAAUUGUGUCGAUAUAUCAUAUUCGGAGUCUCUUUCUCUUAUCCCUCAUCGAGUCACUAGUACCCUAGACAGAGCAGAAAUCAGGUUAGACGAAAUCAAGUCCAAUCCCUUCGACAUGUUACCAACGGAAAUGCAAACACAUUCACAACAACUGAAUCCGAUGAUGCAAUGCUUCUCUUCAGAGGAGGACUCUCCAACCAACAUUACCACAACAUGCACACAGAGACGACCAACAAUAGCGUCAUCCUCCUUCAUUUAUCAAACCGAGUCCUAUGAAGAGUUGAUACAAGAAGGGUUAUGGACGUUUCGUUCAUGGAACACUGUCUCUCCAGAGUCUGCAUCAUCGAAUACUGCUUGUUCUCCCUAUUCUCCUGCAAGCACACAACCAUUUAUGAUAUCUACAUGCUCUCCAACAACAACAACAAUACUACCAACACCAGCACAACAAUCCACAAUGAUGAUGAUGACGAUGAGAAAUUGCUUUGAAGACUCUCCUCUCAUUCAUCACUCCGCCAUGAAUCUCAAUAAUUCCAAUUUUGGAGCGAGUAGCUCAUGCACACCAUCGUCAGGUCAUCCAAUGAAUCAAGACAAUAACACAACCACAACGACCAACACCUCCCUUCACGAAUUACUUCAUCAUGAGAUUACGAAUUUUGUAACCAGUCAAACCAAUCCAUCACAUCUGUCCACGGUAUCGGAAUAUACAGAAAGUAGCAUCCCGAACACUUGUUCAAGCAGCUCGUACGACAUUCCUGUUGUGAAUAAUACCUCCCUUAAUCCUUGCAAUGUGGGUGUUGUGAAUCCUCUUUCGUUGGCUACAAAAAAGAAGAAGAAGAAGCUGCUGUCUGCUUCUUCAUCGUAUUCGUUAACCACCAGUGCAAAAUAUCCAUCUCAGCAUCAUAAUGCAGAUUAUUGCAAUAAUUUACCUUCCUCUCCACAACAAUCCUCCGUAUUAACAUUUAAUACCAAUGAGUAUCAAAGUUUUUCGCAAGGAAUUCAUGAAACCCAACAGAAACAUCGGAAAAAGAAGUUGAAAUUCACAGAGUUUAAUCCUCAUCAGGUGAAACGAUGA